GCGGCGGCCGUUCAGAAUGUCGAGGGCGCGGGGGGGCGGGGGAGCAGUCCCUCCCUCCGGCGGACGCGCGUCGGCAGGAGCAGCAGCUGCUGCUGCGGGAGAGGAGGAGGCGGCGCCUGUAUCGGCGCUGGAGGUUGUGUCCUUCCUGGGCAAACUAUUCUGCGCAGUCGCGGCGGUAAAGGCGGCUCUCUACCUGCUCCGCAGAAUCUGUCUAGCGAUGGCCUGGAAGUCAGGAGGCGCCAGUCACUCCGAGCUCAUCCACAACCUCCGCAAAAAUGGAAUCAUCAAAUCAGAUAAAGUAUUUGAAGUAAUGCUUGCCACAGACCGAUGCCAUUAUGCAAAAUGCAACCCCUACAUGGAUUCUCCUCAAUCAAUAGGAUUUCAAGCAACAAUCAGUGCUCCACAUAUGCAUGCAUAUGCUCUAGAACUCCUAUAUGAUCAAUUACAUGAAGGAGCCAAAGCCCUUGAUGUAGGAUCCGGAAGCGGAAUUCUUACUGCCUGUUUUGCACGGAUGGUUGGUUCCAAAGGACAAGUUGUAGGAAUUGAUCAUAUCAAAGAGUUAGUAGAUGACUCAAUAAAUAAUGUCAAAAAGGACGAUCCUCUAUUGCUAUCUUCAGGAAGAGUGAAACUGAUUGUGGGGGAUGGAAGAAUGGGAAAUCCAGAAGAAGCUCCAUAUGAUGCUAUUCAUGUAGGAGCUGCUGCGCCAGUUGUACCCCAAGCACUUAUAGAUCAGUUAAAACCUGGUGGAAGGUUAAUAUUGCCUGUUGGGCCUGCUGGAGGAAACCAGAUGCUGGAACAGUAUGAUAAGCUAGAAGAUGGCAGUGUCAAGAUGAAGCCUCUGAUGGGAGUGAUAUAUGUGCCUUUAACAGAUAAGGAGAAGCAAUGGUCCAGGUGGAAGUAAUUUUCUGUUCGACUUUCUUCUUCCACACACUUACACGUACAAGGGAUGAAAUGUAAAAGCUACGUCAUCUGACCCAAACAUAGUGUUAACAGCGGACUGCUCAUCUCCAAUUCUUCAAAGCUUUUUCAAAACCAAUAUCAUUGCAGCUUGUUUUGGACUUUGUUACACUGUUGUCAGCAUGGAAAAGUGUGGGUUUUUUAUUUUUUUAUUUUAUUUUGUAGAGGUUUAAUGCAAGUUUGAUAAAUAACUGAUGGAAAGUGUAAAUUUGGGCAGUGUUUCUUUUCAACAUGCCCUUUUCCCACCAGUUUAAAGAAUUGAAAUGUCUGCAAAACUGCAACUAGACCUGCAGUUUGUUACCUCUUUUAAUUUUGGAUUUGGAAACUUCUGAACACUUAUUUCAGCGCCAGUGUUCCUCCAUCAAACUGCUUAUCUGCACUUUCUACAUGCACUACUACAUGCACAUGAUAAGAUUCUUUGUGUUCCGCCAUCUUGUAGAUGCUACUAAAAUGAGAUGAAGUUCCUCUUUAAAGCUUUCACGUGGUGUCUUAGACUAGCAUGAAGUACAUACAAUCAACUGCUUUCUUCCCUUUAAAAACCAGACAUCGUGUAUAUAAAAUUUGACAUCAGAAGUGACAGCUCUUGUUGUAUACUUUGCUGUUCAGGAAGGACAUAACUGACAUAGUUCCCCCCCUUCUUUCCUUAUAGAAUAAUUCAGACACUCAUAGUACAGUAUUGUUUUCUAGCUGACUUGCAAAUUUGAUGUACCUGGAUUUAAUAUAACAAUACUGUGUAAGCUAUGUCCUAAUCAUUGAACAGUUUAUGCAGUACUGCUUUGCCAAAUAAAACUGAAAACAAAAAAGGUGUUCCACGU